GGCGGCGGGCGGGCGCAGCAGGCGGCGGGGCCGCGGGGCCGCCGCCGCCGGGAGCGCAGAGCGAGGAGCCGCCGGCCAUGGGGAAGGAGCAGGAGCUGGUGCAGGCGGUGAAGGCGGAGGACGUGGGCACCGCGCAGAGGCUGCUGCAGAGGCCGCGGCCCGGCAAGGCCAAGCUCCUGGGCUCCACCAAGAAGAUCAACGUCAACUUCCAGGACCCCGAUGGCUUCUCUGCACUGCACCACGCGGCCCUGAAUGGCAACACAGAGCUGAUCAGCCUGCUGCUGGAGGCCCAGGCGGCCGUGGACAUCAAAGACAACAAAGGCAUGCGACCGCUGCACUACGCGGCCUGGCAGGGCCGCAAGGAGCCCAUGAAGCUGGUGCUGAAGGCGGGCUCGGCCGUGAACGUGCCGUCUGACGAGGGCCAUAUCCCGCUGCAUCUGGCAGCCCAGCACGGGCACUACGACGUGUCUGAGAUGUUGCUGCAGCACCAGUCUAACCCGUGCAUGGUGGACCACUCGGGCAAGACACCGCUCGACCUGGCCUGCGAGUUCGGCCGCGUGGGGGUGGUGCAGCUCCUGCUGAACAGCAACAUGUGCGCUGCGCUGCUGGAGCCCCGGCCCGGGGACACCACCGACCCCAAUGGCACCAGCCCCCUGCACCUGGCCGCCAAGAAUGGCCACAUUGACAUCAUCAGACUCCUCCUGCAAGCGGGCAUCGACAUCAACCGGCAGACCAAGUCAGGCACAGCCCUGCAUGAGGCUGCGCUCUGCGGGAAGACGGAGGUGGUACGGCUGCUGCUGGACAAUGGGAUCAACGCCCACGUGCGGAACACCUACAGCCAGACGGCUCUGGACAUCGUGCACCAGUUCACUACGUCACAGGCCAGCAAGGAGAUCAAGCAACUGCUGAGAGGUGGGCCUGGGCGGCACCUGGGGCCGGGACGGGCACGGGGCCAGGCCGGCCGGCAGGACUGGGGGGGUUCGCCUCCUGUGUCCCCAGAGGCCUCUGCAGCCCUGCAGGUGCGGGCGACCAAGGAUUACUGCAACAACUACGACUUGACCAGCCUCAACGUGAAGGCAGGGGAUAUUAUCACAGUCUUAGAGCAGCACCCAGAUGGCCGCUGGAAGGGCUGCAUCCAUGACAACCGGACUGGCAAUGACCGUGUGGGCUACUUCCCAUCCUCCCUGGGCGAGACUAUCACCAAGCGCCCAGGUCCCCGGGCCGGCGCUGAAGCAAGCCCACCGCAGGGGGGUGGCUCGGGGCCCUCCGCACCCCCAGAGGAGAUCUGGGUGCUGAGGAAGCCUUUUGCAGGUGGGGACCGCAGCGGCAGCCUGAGCAGUGCUGGCCGGAGUGGUGGUGGCCAUGCCCUGCAUGCUGGCGCUGAGGGGGUCAAGCUCUUGGCCACAGUGCUCUCACAGAAGUCCGCAUCUGAGCCCAGCCCUGGGGACAGCGCCAGCAAGCCCCCAGAAGGCUCUGCAGGUGCAGCCCGCACCCAGCCCCCAGCAGCCCUCACGGGGCAGGCCUACGGGGACCAGACUCCCAAGAAGCUGGAGUCGGCAUCAGAGGGCAAGAGUGCCGAGGCCGUCAGCCAGUGGCUCGCCACCUUCCAGCUGCAGCUCUAUGCCCCCAAUUUCCUCAGUGCCGGCUAUGACCUGCCCACCAUCAGCCGCAUGACUCCCGAGGACCUCACAGCCAUUGGGGUCACCAAGCCAGGCCAUCGGAAGAAGAUCAGCGCUGAGAUCAGCAGCCUGAGUGUCCCCGACUGGCUGCCUGAGCACAAGCCUGCCAACCUGGCCGUGUGGCUCUCCAUGAUUGGCCUGGCGCAGUACUACAAGGUGCUGGUGGACAAUGGCUACGAGAAUGUGGACUUCAUCACUGACAUCACUUGGGAGGACCUGCAGGAGAUUGGCAUCACCAAGCUGGGACACCAGAAGAAGCUGAUGCUGGCAGUGCGCAAGCUGGCUGAGCUGCAGAAGGCAGAGUACGCCAAGUAUGAUGGGGGACCCCUGCGCCGCAAAGCGCCCCAGUCCCUGGAGGUGAUGGCCAUCGAGUCGCCACCCCCUCCUGAGCCAGCCCCAGCUGACUGCCAGUCGCCCAAGAUGACUACCUUCCAGGACAGUGAGCUUAGCGGCGAGCUGCAGGCGGCCCUGACAGGACCCACUGAGGGGGCCACCGCCGCUGAGAAGCCCUCCAACCAACUGCCACCCAUCCCCAGGGCCUCAGCACGGCCGGAACCCAGCCUGGGCGGGCGAGCACGGCACAUGAGCAGCUCCCAGGAGCUGUUGGGCGAUGGGCCUCCAGGCCCUGGCAGCCCCAUGUCCCGGAGCCAGGAGUACCUGCUGGAUGAGGGCUCCGCCCCUGGCACCCCGCCCAAGGAGGCCCGCCCCAGCCGCCAUGGCCACAGCAUCAAACGGGCCAGCGUGCCCCCGGUGCCCGGGAAACCACGGCAGGUUCUGCCGUCUGGAGCCAGCCCCUUCACGCCCCCUCAAACGCCCACAAAGGCUCGGCCAGGCUCCCCCCAGGCCUUGGGAGGGCCCCAUGGUCCCGCCCCCAUCACAGCCAAGGUGAAACCCACCCCCCAACUGCUGCCACCCACGGAGCGCCCCAUGUCCCCCCGCUCACUGCCCCAGUCUCCUACGCACCGUGGCUUUGCCUAUGUGUUGCCCCAGCCUGUGGAGAGUGAGGCCAGUCCAGCUGCUCCCGGGCCCCUGCCUGCCCCAACACCUGUGCCCACGCUGUGCCUGCCCCCCGAGGCGGAUGCAGAGCCAGGACGGCCCAAGAAGCGAGCCCACAGCCUGAACCGCUACACAGCCUCCGACAGCGAGCCAGAGCGGGAUGAGCUGUUGGUGCCUGCUGCUGCUGGGCCCUACGCAACCGUCCAGCGGCGUGUGGGCCGCAGCCACUCUGUGCGGGCACCCGCUGGCACCGACAAGAAUGUGAACCGCAGCCAGUCCUUUGCUGUGCGGCCCCGGAAGAAGGGGCCCCCACCCCCGCCACCCAAACGCUCCAGCUCGGCCAUGGGUAGCGCCAACCUGGCCGAUGAGUCGGUGCCAGAUGCUGAGACCGAGGGUGUGGGCCCUGAUGACAGCCGGCUGGGGGUUCGGGCACAGCGCCGGCGGGCCAGCGACCUGGCGGGCAGUGUGGACACAGGCAGCGCCGGCAGUGUGAAGAGCAUUGCGGCCAUGCUGGAGCUGUCCUCCAUUGGUGGCGGGGGACGGGCGGCACGCAGGCCCCCCGAGGGUCACCCCACGGUGCGCCCUGCCAGUCCAGAGCCCAGCCGGGUAGCCAUGGUGCUGGCCUCGGUGAAGCACAAGGAGGCCAUCGGUCCCGACGGAGAGGUAGUGAACCGGCGCCGCACGCUCAGCGGGCCUGUCACUGGACUCCUGGCCGCCGCUCGCCGGGGGCCUGGGGAGCCCACCGCAUCUGCAGAGCAUGGCCACUUUGUGGAGGAUGGUGCCACCCGUCAGCGGCCCCGGGGUCCAGCCAAGGCAGAGGCGGGCGGCGAGGGUCCACCUCUGGCCAGAGUGGAGGCCAGCGCCACGCUCAAGAGGCGCAUCCGGGCCAAGCAGAGUCAGCAGGAGGGCGUCAAGUUCAUCCUCACGGAGUCUGACACAGUCAAGCGCAGGCCCAAGGCCAAGGAGCGUGAGGCAGGCCCCGAGCCGGCCCCGCCACUCUCCGUGUACCAGAAUGGCACUGGCACGGUGCGUCGCCGGCUGGCCUCCGACCAGGCUGGGCCCCCCGAGUUGCCCCCACCGCCCCCACCUGCAGAGCCCCCACCCACGGACCUGAUGCACCUGCCCCCGCUGCCCCUGCCUGAGGCUGAUGGCCGCAAGCCAGCCAAGCCACCAGUCUCUCCCAAGCCUGUGCUGGCCCAGCCUGCACCCAAGAUGCAGGGCUCGCCCACACCCGCCUCCAAGAAGGUGCCGCUGCCCGGCCCGGGCAGCCCAGGCAGCUGGACACAGCUGGAGGGGUGGGGCGCAGGGCCGUUCGCCGGGUGCCAGCCUCGCCCUCCCCGCAGAGGUGAAGCGCAGCCACGGCACGCCGCCCCCCGUGUCUCCCAAGCCGCCUCCGCCGCCCACGGCCCCCAAGCCCAUCAAGGCCACAACGGCGCUGCCGUCGGGCAGCGCCGGCCCAUCGCCCGCGCCCUCCCCGGCGCGCCAGCAGCCCACCGGCCUCGCCAAGCCCGCCAGCACGCCGCCCUCAUUGAGCGCCAGCCCCGCCAAGCCCCCGUCCCCCGGCGUGCCCGCCAAGCCACCGCGCGCCGCCGCCGCCACUGCGCCCCCCGCAGCCUCCGAUGGCGCCUCGCCCGGGGACAGCGCCCGGCAGAAGCUGGAGGAGACCAGCGCCUGCCUGGCUGCCGCGCUGCAGGCGGUGGAGGAGAAGAUCCGGCAGGAGGACACGCAGGGCCCACGCCCAUCGGCCCUGGAAGAGAAGAGCACGGGCAGCAUCCUGGACGACAUUGGCAGCAUGUUUGAUGACCUGGCCGACCAGCUGGACGCCAUGCUGGAGUGAUGCGGCCGCCCCUGUCGGGCCGCCUGAGCUGCCCGGGUUCUGUGGGCACACCGACCUUACCUCAGGAUGGGCACCUCUGGGCACAGCGUGAGCAAGCAGGCGGCAGCCAGGGGACAACCUGCCUGGAGGCCCAGCGCCUGCACAAGCACAACUGCCCCUGCCCGCCCCUGCCCGCCCAGGCCUCAAGCCCAGCCUGGGGGACCCAAGGGCUCUGGGCAGAAGCUGCUGCCUGUGGGCACCCGUCCCUGUCUGCUGCUUCCUGUGCAAUAUCUGCUGGGCUUCCCACCCACUACCAGGCUCUGUCUGGGUGAAGGGGCAGCUGCUGGUCCCUGUCGAGUCCAGUCUGGGCCCCCCAGGGAAGCAGUGGAGGGGGCAGCCAGGCACCUAUGCACAGACCUAUGCCCAGCACAGAACUGUCCGUUGGGAUGCCUGCUGGCAGCUCCAGCACAGCACAAGGGGCUGGGGCUGGAGCCAGGGCCUCCUCCCCUCACUGCACCCCCCUCCCCCAGAAUAUAAGCUAUUGAGAGUAUUAAUUUAUUGGGAAUGAGCUCAAGCAGACUUCCCCAGAGAAAACAAAAAGGUAUAACUUUAACAAAUAUAUAUUUAAAGAAAGAAAAAAUAUUAUUGACUCUAUAGAAAACCAUUUACCAACUGAGAGGACGCAGGAGUCCAGCUCAGGACAAAAUCUAGCUGUUAAGAGGCCCAGGCUUCCUGUCUGUCCAUUCGUCCUUCCCUCUUUCUGUCCAAGAGCGGCCAGGCCCCUGGCCUAGUAGCACAAAUGGAGGCUGGGGGUACAGAGAGGGGCCCCCUGUGCCUUGCUUGCUGUGGCCCCCACUCUGCCCAGGGUGCCUGGGUGCUGGGCAGGCUGUGAGCAGUGUGGGGACCUCAGGCGCUGGCUGAGUGACAGCAGUGGGUGCGGGGUGAGCCUGGCCUGCCCCCUCCCAGGGCUCCUGGCAGACAGCCCUAGCCCACACACUUGGGUUCCCGGGACGCUUCUGCUUGUGGUGUGAGGCUGUGUCAUGUGGUCCUGCUCCCACCCCCCCACCCCCAGUUGUGAUUGGACUCCUCUAUUGUGUUUUGCUGAUCCACGUGUGUUGGGCACAACUUUGACAUUUCUUUAAAAAAAAUACAGUCAUUUGAAAAAGGAUUAAAAACACCGAAACCAGUGGGCGGGUGGAGAGGCCUGCUUUCCUACUAGUUGUGCACCUGGCUGUCCCCGGCCUCUUGGGGUUCAGCAGGCGGGGAGGGGGUGUCUGGGCAGGGGGCUACUGUCGGCUGACAAUAAACAGCAGAAAAGAA